AUGAACAGCGAAAACCUCCCUGCGUUUGCCGAGAUUGGCUUCCAUUCUGAGCGCCAUCUUGCGGCGCUGCAUUCGAAAGCAGCGCGGGCGAACCCGAUUCAGAAGACCUGCAACCAGAGCACGUCGUCAUGCGAUGCCCCGGUAACACGCUACACGACAAGUCAAAUGGCCCAGGAUACGCUGGAAUUGAUGGACUAUGUAGGAUGGAAAUCGGCGCAUGUCGUGGGAAUCAGCAUGGGCGGUAUGAUUGCCAUCGAGCUGGCAGCCUCGGCACCAAAGCGUGUGUGCUCGCUGUCGCUUUUGGUCACGACCCGUGGAGCAUAUUGGCCACAUCCGAGUAUGUGGAAACCAUUAUUGGGCUCGAUGCUUGGCGGAUCAACGCAAUGUCUCAUGGAGCUGCUAUAUCCUGCUUCGAUUCUUGGUAAGCCUAUUGACGGUCGUGACGGGCUUACAAUACAGGAAGUCUUCACACAAUACCAUGCAACACCGCACUCUAAGAACGCAUUACCUCCUCUGUAUGCGGUAAUCGCUCAAGGCAUGGCGUGUUUAACACACUGGGUGUCAAACGAACGAUUAAAAGAGGUGGCCAAUUCCAAGUUUCCAAUCCUCAUCAUCGGAAGCAAGCAUGAUAUUAUGAUCCCACCCGAAAAUUACGUAACCCUGACCGAAUAUUUAAAAGGCGAGCACGUGCACUCUUUAUUUUUUGAAACGGGUGGACACGGAGUCUUUCUUCAAUUCGUAGAAGAGGUUGCUGAUGCUAUUCAGCAAACGAUUAAGCGCUCGCAGCUAUUAACCAAAAUAAUCGGAUAA